GAGUCUUACGAAGAGUGCUACGACGAGCUGGCGGAGUUGACGUUGCUGGUGAACGCGAGCACGCCGCUGAUGGACAUCGAGGAAGCUCACUUGCGAUUCGUGCGCAAGACCAACAAGUCCAAGGUGCGGAUGGGCAUGCCCACCCUGAAGCGCUUUGCGCGGCCGCUGGACUGGGCCGGCAUGGACGCCGUCCUGCGCCGUUACGCACGGAAGGUGCGCAAGGCCCACGCCGAGGGCCAGCAGGUGGAGGGGGAGCAGGAGCAGGCGUUGUCGUCCAUGACGCUCCGGGUGCCCGGCGAGUCGAGGAAGCACCUCCGCUCUAGGCGGGUGACCAUUAGCUCUCCUUUCCCGCGCCAGCACGCAGCUGCUGACGUCUUCCUGUAUGUCAAUCU